AUGGGCGAAGCAAUCUGUUCGCUAUCUGAGGAGACUAUUAAUGUGAAGGUGGAGCUAACAGAAACAUUUGGAAAAGGAGGAAAGGAAAUUGCACUUGGAGGAUACAGUGAAGCGGAUUACGCAGCGGACCGCGCGGACUGGUCGAGUGUGGCGUCACGCCCAGUGGCAAGCGACCUGCUAGGGCUGAAUGAACUACUUGUUCAAAACGACCCAUUUGUCCACUCUCAGUCUCAAAUAGCGUCCAAUAUGACGACGCGCCUCUCAUCACGUGUGUUUCUUGCCUUUGACGACAUUUCUUACGCUAGCAAAAAUGUUUUACGCUUUGCUAAGAUUGGUGACACUCAAGCGUGUCUUGUUCUACCCGAAAGUCUGAUUGAAAACUUUUUUUUACCUGCUCAUCUCUGUCGUUUCAUACAAAUUUAUCAGUAUCCAGAUACUCAAGUAGCAAUUAUUACAGUAAAUACGAAUGAACUCGACGUGACACAGCGAUGGGACGUGGCUGAUGCAUUGGUCUCUGCUAUGAGUCAGGCCAACGUCCAGACGCUUACGAUCUUGGCGGCUGUGCACUUACCGUACGCUAAGGACAGUAACCUCAAUGUAUUCUAUAGUGGUCUAGGCACUGAAGUAGCGGGAGAUACAGCCGUUGACGUGGCCGCCUUGUCAGAAGCUGAUCCUAGCUGGGAAAUAAAGGACCCAUGGCUCGUUGUGCUCUUACAUUUGAUCAAGGUGGAACAAUGGCCACGUACUCAUUUGCUCCUAGCCAAGGGAUAUAAGCCUGGUCGAAACCUGUUAGGGACGUACGAGGCGGUAGAUUCAUUGAGUCGAGCACUUCAGCUUUUUACAAAGGACCAGAUGACGGUUGAAAGACAACAAAUGCAUCAAGAACUGCCAAAAGUGCUUGCCAAGGAGAAAAUGAGGAUGAGGAAGACAACUGAUGAUCACCUUGCUCUACUGUAUCAUUAG